AUGUCCGCUCGCCAAAUACCGAUCGAGAUAGGAUCAGCAGCCAUACAAUGGUUCUGCUCACGGCGAGGGCGGACGUUGCUUUUCCUCGUUGUCUUCUUCACACUCAUACUAGGCCUCGCAGGCAUACGGCACUCCGAAAUGAUCACCGCACAAUACCACGCUCUCUCUGAAUACCAAUGGCGACCCUACUUCGCAAGCACACCGAAGCUCACGAGCACACCCUCCAAAGCCCCAUCGAACACAACGCUCCAGCUCGAGAACGGCGAGAUUGCUCACCUGCCACCAAAGCUCGAAAAGUCGACGCCGAACUUCCACCUUCUGAUGACUUCAGAGAAAGAUUCGGAUGACUUCUGCAAGUCCACCCUGUCGGCAAUGCUGCUCGACUACCCCCCACCGACCGGCGUCAACCUACAUCAAACGUUCGUGAGGCCAGGUCACAAGGAAUGGCAGACAUUGUCUGGGAUAAAGGAGUACCUCCACAACAAGAAGCUGGUACACGAUGAUGAUCUGCUAUUGAUUGUGGAUGGUCAGGAUACUUGGUUCCAGCUGCCGAGCGAUGUCAUCAUCAUGCAAUAUGAAGCCGUGGUUGAGUAUGCAAAUGCGCGGCUACUGAAGAAGUAUGGUGUCGAUGAGGACAAGCACCAGAGGUUCACCCAGACCAUCGUGUUUGGUGCUGAGAAGAGCUGCCAAGGGGAUGCUACAACCUGCAAGUACUCACCUGAGUCAAUACUGCCUCACCAUCUUUAUGGCGUCAGCGAGGAUUCCAAUAGCGAAAAGGAUUUCCCUGCAAGGUACCUCAAUUCCAGAGUUGUGAUGGGUCCUGCCAAGGAUUUGAGGGCUCUCUUCGACGCGGCUUUGAAGAAGUUUCAGACUGAUGGGAGCGAGAGGCAGACCAUGCAGUCAGUACUGGCCUUGAUGUUCGGAGAGCAGCAGCUGAGACGUGAUGCGGCACUAAUAAAGGCCAAAUCUGCAUCAGACAAGCUGCGAGAGUGGGUGGGCAAGACCUCAAAGGACCAUGCGGCGGCGGAGCGACGACUAAAGUCUGCAAAUGCUGAUAUUCUCCCGGAGAAGACGCACGAGUACUCGGUUGGCCUCGACUACACGCACACGCUCUUCCAACCCCUCGCGCUCACACAAUCCAGAGAAGUUCUGCCUCUGAAGCAUGACAAUUUGACCGAUCUAUCGUUGUAUCGCCAUCCUAGCACUAUCACCCCGCACCUCUCUCUCCCGCCGACGCUUCUCGCUAGUAAGCUGCCCUUCUGGAGUCCAGAUCUGUACCUGCACAACCCCUCUCCUGAGACCAACAAGCCUGCCUACAUCGACGAACUCGCCUACGACUUCGAUCUCGACCGACUUCCUGACCGUCACACCUUGUGGUCUGACAUACCGCUCGUGCAGAACACAUACACCGGCGCGAUCCCUGCGCUAGUCAUUCGACACUUUCGCGACUCGGGAGCCACCAGUCUCUCCAGCGACCAAAUGUCUUUCAACAAUCUCUGGUUCGCCAAGUACAAACGCGCUCUCCUACGCCAAUACUUCCGCACUCCGCAGAGCCCGAACGGCUAUCACAACUUCGCUGUCGGCGGCGACCGCCUCUGGGAUCAGCGCGGCGGGCGUGGCGGUGUCUGGACCUCAAAAGAGCAGAUCUGGCUGCCGUGGGGCGAAGUCGAUGGUGUUUGCGGUACACUAGCGCAUCUGAAAGAAGUCUUUGACGAUGGAAAGGGGGUGUGGAUGCAUGAGCUUGAGGACGAUAAUGAGGGGCAGAGGGUCAGGUCUGAAGAGGCCUAUGAGAGAAGUCUCGGAGGCAAGAGGAAGGAAGAGAAAGACGAAGAGGCUGAGCAAGUAAAGAAAGCGGCGGAGAAGGUGAAAAUGGAGCACGAGCAGGCGGAAAAAGAAGAGCAAAAUAAAGCAGAGCUUGAAGAGGAAGAGGGGCAGAGGAAGAAGGAGAUGAAGGGAUUUGAAGCGGAGGGUAGCCGAACAACGGCACCCAUACGGAGGCGGAUGCAGAGAUGGACUGCGUGA